GAGAAACAGAGCAGAGAUAUAAAAACUCCUCUCAUCUAAACUCAUCUGUCACUUUUCAGAGAAACACCUUCUCAGAUCUUACAGCAUGUCCUCCUCCUCCAACCUGCCAGAUCUGGAGCUGGAGCUCGGAGAGCUUCUUCAGGAGUUUGAUGCUGUGGCUGAGGAGCUCUCGGCCCCGUCGCUCACCGCUCCUCACGCCUACGAGCAUCUCCUCAACCAGGCCAAACGCCGACCCAACGACGGCGUGACCGACAGCGGCAUCGAAGACGCAGACGAGGGAAGCGAAUCGUCGUGGGGAAACAGCUUAAACGCGAGUGUGGAGGAGCUGAGCACCGCCGGCACCACGACCGCACAGAAAGCUAAACUCGGCGACACCACAGACCUAGAGAGCUUCAUUGAGAAUCUGGACAAAGAGCUCGCAGAGAUGUGAGCCGACAGAAUUCACGGGACGGCAGGACGGGAGCCAGACGACCGGCCGGCGCUGGAACACACAACGAGAGCCGGAGGAACUUCCUGAGAACUGCCGUCUACCAGAUCCUCAUAUUAGCUUAGCUUAGCAUCUGCUGGGGUAAGAGUAUGGUGGAGUAGUUCAUCCUGAAAUACAUAAAUAUAAACAUUGAGAUUACAUUACAUUACAUAAGAUUACAUUUGGCAGACUCUUAUGUCCAAAGCGACUUACAAAAGUGAAGUACACAUCACUAGAAUUCCAGGGUCAGUAUUGAUAAUUAAUAAUUGAUAACUUUAAGAGAUCGUUAAGAGCAAUCUUAUGGCGUA